GUCCUUCUGAUCCGUUUGUUUGUCCGCUUGUUUGGUGUCUACCUUUUGUUAGGGCUCACCCCUUGUUUGUCCCAAACGUCCAAGCGGCCAAUUUCCCCUAAUGGAGGGCGAGCCCAAGUGCGCCCCCCAGGGCUGCCCGGGGGAGGAAGCCAAGCAGGGAAAGAGGUUCGUGGCUGAGAAUUGCGGGGUGUAUAUGAAUAAAGCAAAAAACGCAGGAGUUGUGUGCAACAGAAUAACGGAGCUAAACAUAAAUUCGCGAAAGCAAAUCUCCAUCACGAAGAGUGACAGCACACAAAUGAAGGACAUCCUAUCGCAUGGGCAUGGGAAAAGAAUAGAAGUACACCCAGCCAAGAGACCACUCACCUCCUACUCUACCUACGAAAACCAGAGCAAGUAUUUCGAAACAAAGUUAGUUCCAGACAUGCAAGGAAAAAUGAGCAUAUGCGUCGGCAGAAAAAGCGGAAGUGCCACUGUUAAUAUAAAUAUUGAUGAGUAUGAUUUAGGAAAAACAUAUAACACAUGGAAAAGAGUUCUAGACAAAUCUUCUCUUCAAAACAGAUCGAAUUUGGUUAAUAAUAUUUUUUUGACUGUAAAUGAAGAGGCAGAUAGGAGCGACAAACUCCCAGAAGUUAAAAAUAGGAACCCUCCGUAUGCUAAUCCUGAUGGGCCAUUUGAAAAGCAACGAUUGGACUUGCCCAAACAAGCGAGAGACAACCUUGAUAGGACCCUCACUCCGCUUGACUGCGCAGACACGAAUUCUAUUUUUGCGAAAAAGAAUUUCCAUACCUAUCGGGACUCCUUUCUGCUGGUGCGUCCCCACGGGGAGGGUCGCCUCGACGAGGUCAAGGGCGUCAGGCGGACUCGCUUCCCCUGGGCGCACUCCAACCGCCUCAAGCACAUCCUCAGCUACAGUUACGCGGGGAGCGCGGACAGCGGUGGUGCGAUGGGAGGGGAUGAAAUUAGCGGUGAUCAAAUUAGCGGUGAUCAAAUUAGCGGUGAUCAAAUUAGCGGUGAUACCGCUAAUGCCCCCCCCUUGGCCCUGCCCCACUUCGGGUCGCACCACGCGAACCGCGACCGGGUGUACGCCGGGGAGGCGGGGGGCUCCCCCCACGGCCACUCCCCCCAUGGACACUCCCCAAAGGAUGCACCGAGCAGCGCCUUCCACGAGCAGCCCACCUGCUACAGAGCCCCCUCGCUCACCGAAAUUGAGUGA